CCGAGCGCGCCAAGGGGGGAGCGAAACAGAGAAAGUAGAGGUUUCUGAAAUAAUAGACAGUAGUAGGCGCAAUUCAAAGCAGUUGCACGCGGCGGGUCAGACACCAGAGCUGAGCGCGUUCUCGUUGGUGGGGAGCGCGCUUCCGACACAUUCACACCGAGCGAGGACACAGCGAGCCAGCGGGGACGUACUACCGGCAAGGAUUAAAACGUUGAAAAACAAUCUGUAUGAACGGGGGACACGACGCACAGUAUGGUCCGGGAAACCAGACACUUAUGGGUGGGAAAUUUACCCGAAAAUGUACGAGAGGAGAAAAUCGUGGAACAUUUCAAGCGGUAUGGACGGGUGGAAAGCGUCAAGGUACUCCCAAAGAGGGGGUCAGAGGGUGGUGUGGCAGCCUUUGUGGAUUUUGUGGACAUUAAGAGUGCUCAGAAGGCCCACAACUCCAUUAACAAGAUGGGGGAUAGGGACCUGCGCACUGACUACAACGAGCCGGGGACCAUCCCCAGUGCUGCACGUGGUCUGGAUGACACCCUGUCCUUAGGCACUCGUGGGCGGGACGUUUCAGGGUUCACAAGGGGGCCGGGUGGGCCAGUGUACGGACCCACUGCAUCCCUCCACAGCAGAGAGGGGCGCUAUGAACGCAGACUAGACGGGGCUCCUGACAGUCGGGAGCGUGCCUAUGAUCACAGUGCCUAUGGACACCACGAGCGCAGCAGCGGAAGCUUUGAGCGCCAGCGGCACUAUGAUACGGACUACUAUCGAGACCCUCGAGAUCGCACGCUACUCGGACCUGGGGGAAGCUCUGGAUCUGUGGGGAGUAGUUCUGGCGGAAGUGGAGCAGGAGGGGGAGUGGGUGGUGGGGCUAGUGGAGGAAGUGGAAGCGGUGUGGCUGGAGGUGGAGGGACUGCAUCAGUCAGUGUGGGCUACUAUGGAUCACGCAGCCGCAGCCCCAGCCGUUUUGAAACUCCUGAGCCCCGCUAUGAGCCUCGUGCCCGAGAGCCAUUUGCUCUGGCCAGCGUUGUACACCGUGAUCUUUACCGUGAUGACCGUGGCAGGCGUGCUGAGCGGGCAUACCAACACAGCCGCAGCCGGUCACCGCACUCUUCGCAAUCAAGGAACCCUUCACCGCAGAGGUUGGGGAGCCAGGCCUCUCGUGCUGGCCGCUCCCCCAGUGGCUCAGGGUCUUGUAGCCGCUCAUCCAGCUCUGACUCCGUCAGCAGUACCAGCAGCAGCAGCAGUGGAAGUAGUGACUCCAGCAGCAGCUCCAGUGAUGAGUCCCCGGCACGGUCUGUUCAGUCUGCGGCAGUCCCUGCCCCACCGGCGCAGCCCCUCCCUAAUCUCGACAAAGACGAGCCACGCAAGAGCUUUGGCAUCAAGGUCCAGAACCUGCCUGUGCGUUCUACAGACACAAGUCUAAAAGAUGGCCUGUUCCACGAAUUCAAGAAAUAUGGAAAAGUGACCUCUGUGCAGAUCCAUGGGGCAUCUGAGGAGCGCUAUGGCUUGGUAUUUUUUCGUCAGCAAGAGGAUCAGGAGAAGGCCCUUAGUGCAUCCAAAGGGAAACUCUUCUUUGGCAUGCAGAUUGAGGUCACAGCCUGGAAUGGCCCAGAGACUGAGAGUGAGAAUGAAUUUCGGCCACUGGAUGAGCGGAUAGAUGAAUUCCACCCCAAGGCCACAAGGACCCUGUUCAUUGGAAACCUUGAGAAGACCACCAGUUACCAUGACCUGCUCAAUAUCUUCCAGCGAUUUGGGGAGAUUGUGGACAUAGACAUAAAAAAGGUCAAUGGAGCACCUCAGUAUGCCUUCUUGCAGUACUGUGACAUUGCCAGUGUCUGCAAAGCCAUAAAGAAGAUGGAUGGAGAAUACCUGGGCAACAACAGGCUGAAGCUGGGCUUUGGAAAGAGCAUGCCCACAACAUGCGUGUGGCUCGACGGCCUGUCCUCCAACAUUACAGAACAGUACCUCACACGUCACUUCUGCCGAUACGGACAUGUUGUUAAGGUUGUGUUUGACAGACUAAAGGGGAUGGCCCUCAUUCUCUACAAUAAUAUAGAGUGUGCACAGGCAGCCGUUAAAGAGACUAAAGGUUGGAAGAUUGGGGGAAACAAAAUCAAGGUUGAUUUUGCUAACCAGGAGAGUCAGAUGGCUUUCUACCGGUCAAUGCAAGCAUCUGGACAAGACAUCCGAGACUUCUAUGAAAUCCUUUCUGAACGAAGAGAUGAGCGUAGACCUCCAUACCAUGAGUACUCUGCAGAGCGUGCCUAUUAUGAAAAUGUACGUGCACCUGUUGGCUAUGCUGAAGAUCCUCGUCGAGAGUACACUGUCCGUGGACGUGAAUUCUACCCAGAGUGGGAUCCUUAUCAGGCGGACUAUUAUGACCCACGCUACUUUGAUGACCCUCGCGAAUACCAGGACUACCGUGACCCUUAUGAGCAGGACAUCCGGAAGUACAGUUAUCUUCAGCGGGAACGUGAAAGAGAGAGGGAGCGCUUUGAGACAGAUCGUGAGCGUGGCCGGCGGACAAUUGAGCGAAGCCAGAGUCCCUCCCACCCUCGCCGUCCUGUAACCCCAGUUGCCUCCCCUUCCCCAUCUGACCGCAUGGCAAGUGACCCGGAACGGCGCAUGUACAGUCGUUCAUCUGAGAGGAGUGGCAGCUGCAGUUCCAUUUCACCACCUCGCUAUGAGAAGCCUGAAAAGAUGAGGGCAGAGCGUUAUCUUAAAAGCGAGAAGUUGGAAAAAGAGCGACAGCUUUUUGAAGCAGUACGUAGCAGUGGGGGAGAAAAGGACAAACGUACUGGCCGCAAAGAAAAGACUGACAAGGAGAAAGGGGAGAAACUUAAGCAGAGAAAGCUGAAGGUGCCCUCUCCCAGCGUCCCUUCAUCUGAGACUGAUGCAGAACCUGAUCGGGAGGCUAGCCCAGAUGCAAACUCCCGUAAAGCUGUAAAAGUAUUAGGUAAAGAUAAGGAUGGUUCUAGUAAAGGACGUUUGGAUCUUCCAGCUUGUGUAGUGCAACUUACACGUGUCAAGGAAAAGGAAGAAAAACAUCUGGACCAAGCUGGUGUUGAUAAACCGAGACCAAAGGUAGAGAAUGACACUGUUUGGUCACCACCAGUUCCACCUCUAGAUCAAAAAGGAGCCCGUAUAGAACUUCAGAAAGGAGAGCCAUUUAAACAAGUGAAAGCUUCAAAAGAAAGGGGCUUUGCAAGCCAAAUAGAUGUGAUGGACAAAGAAGGUAAAGUGAAAAUCAAAAAGCAUAUUAAGUCUGACUCUGGAACUGAUAACAGUAACCCUGCCAUGGAUGUGGACCGACUUGCAGCUCGAAAAAGGCGUUUUGGAGAUGCAGGAGGAAAGGCAGAUCGAAUAAAAAGAACCAGUCAGGAGGAAGAAGAGGUAAGAAGUGGACUGAAAAAAUUUACUGACACCAGUGCUAAGGAAACUGACAGUGAAAGAAAGGUGACACGAAAAGAGUCUCACAAGAAAGAAUAUUCCAAGGCUAAGUCAGAGAGGAUUGUCUCUGUCAAUAGUGUGAAAGAAGGCGAGGACUCUGGUGGCUUACCAGUGGGAAGUGUUUCGGGGCUAAGCUCAGACCUCCAGGCAAGACUGGGAGAGCCAACGGAAGAAACUGUUUGCCUAAACUUCUCCAGUAGACCUAAAUCUCAGAAUCAUCCUGGUCUCACUCGAAUUUUCUCAAAUGAUGGAAGCCUAGAUGAGGAUGGCAUAAGAAACCAAGACAGACAGGGCUAUGUAGAGCUUUGUGAACACCCUUUGGUUCAGGAAAAGACUAUAGGAUUGGGUGAGGAACAUAUUGACCACUCUCAAAGCUAUCGGAAACAGAUGGAGCAGAACCGAAGGCUCCAGCAGCAAAUGCAAGAAUCUGACAAAAAAGGAAAGCCUGAUAGUCCUCGAGGUACUGAUGCAGAGGAUUUUGAACAUCGUAGCCUGGUGCAUGAGGUAGGAAAGCCACCUCAGGAUGUUACAGAUGAUUCCCCUUCCAGCAAACGCAGGAAACUUGAAUCCUUUGACUGUGACCUGAACACAAAGCGUGAGCGUAACUAUCGAAGCUCUCGGAAAUUGAGCGAGGAUUCUGAGCGGAACAUAACUUCUCCACCUGGGAUGCGACAGUUUAAUUAUGAUGAAGAAUGUAUUGCAGAUGCACCCUGUCUAGUUGCUGCCAAAGAAUCAAAAGAUUCCCCUAAAUCAGAAGAUAAAGUUUAUUCCCACCUACAGUUAAAAUAUAACAUGGACCCAGCUGUUAGUAAAGUAGAACCUCCUCAUUCAGAACUACCUAUGCUGAAAACACCACCAAUGGCUUCUGAGGAAGAAUUGCAGCAACGCUGGGAAAACAGAGUCAGGCAGGACUUGCGACUGGAUGUGACUUUCCCUAACAGCAUUGUAAAACGUGAGAGAAUUCGCAAACGCCUAGAACAUGACUUGGAACCUGGGGAGGUUCAGUCAGACUCGGAGGAAGAUGGUGAAAGCAAACGGCACUCUCCUAAGCCCUCCACUUCCCUUUCUUAUCUUCUUAGAGAUCGUGAAGAAAGGCUUUCAGAUUUAAAACUUUCUUCUUCUUUAGAGAAAAACAAGUUCUAUUCCUUUGCACUGGACCAGACCAUCACUCCUGACACUAAGGCACUGCUUGAACGAGCUAAGUCAUUAUCAUCUUCUAGGGAGGACAACUGGUCCUUCCUAGGCUGUGAAUCUCGCUUUGCUAGUUUUCGCAGCAGCAAAGAUAAAGAAAAAGUUGAGUCUGCACCACGACCCAUUCCCCCUUGGUACAUAAAGAAAAAAAACCGAAAGAAAGAGGCUGAUUCAAAAGACAGUCUUGAUGACAAGAAAGAGGAGCCCAAGCAUGAAGAGCCAGAGCGCCAGGAGCUGUUUGCAUCUCGAUUUCUUCAUAGUUCUAUCUUUGAACAGGACUCGAAACGUCUGCAGCACCUUGAGCGAAAGGAUGAAGACCCUGAACAGGGUCUUGGCCUGUUGGCAGGAAGGCAAGGUGCUACAGAUGGGCUUCCUGGGACAGGGAUUGGAGACCUACAGGAGCCAAAGGUGUUGUUCCACAGCAAGUUCUUGGAACUGACUAGGUUGCAGCAGCAAAAGGAGAAGGAUCAGCACCCUCAGGAGCCUGUGAAAGGGAGUAACACAGAUGGCGGUGGAAGAGAGAAACUGCAGGAUGGAGAACGACAACAGCAGCAGUUAGUCAAAAUGCCCGAGUCAGAAUUAGAGCAAGACUUAAUAUCUUUUCGUCCAAAUCAGUCCUCCCACCUUCCAGCCUCCAAGGAGAUGUCACCGUCACAGGAGAAAGCUGCCGUCACCACGUUGCCCUCACAGGUAAAGGAUGAAAUUGUACAAGUUGAGAAGGUGUCUCUGACCCCUGUUGUACCACAAAUAGAUAUCCAACCUCUGCCCACUGCAAGCAUUAUAGCACCUGAGCACUACCCUGUAAAACCAGGAGUUAAACUGGAACCAAAAGAGGAUGUUUCUGAAAUGAAAAUUUCAGUUGAAAACCCUUUGACUGUGGAACACUCUUACCUGGAUACUAAACCUCUCACUCCUGGGAUUUCAAUGAGCAGUGUUGAACCUGAACAUCAACCCCAGCCUGAAAAUGAUCUUACCUUCAAGCCUGACUUGACAGUAAACACCGUACAAGCAGAAUCUCUGAGUGAAAAGUCUGAAUCCCAGGACACCGAGAUGCACCCUGUGGUGGAGGAACCCCAUGAAUCACAAAUGCUAGUCUCAGAUGAGGCAGAGGUAGAACCAGUUUUGCCAGCUCGGAAAUCUAAGAACAAAAGAGCUAAGCCACCUACAGCAGUUCAGCCAACCCCUGUGGUUCAAGGAACAGGUGCAGAGAAACAAGCUACUCGUAAAAGUGAGCGCAUUGACAAAGAGAAACUUAAACGUUCAUCGUCCCCACGAGGAGAAGUUUACAAAUCCACUCUGGAUUCAAAAACAGCCAAAUCACCAGUCCUAGCCCUAGAUUCAGAGCAAAACUAUGAACAAAGUUUGCCGGUUAGCAGGACCCGACGGCGAAAUGUUAGGUCAGUGUAUGCUACCCCAAUAGAGGAUGAGACUUUACAAUCUCCUGGAAAGGAUGUUUCAGAGUCUCCUCGCUCCACACGAAAACGAGGUAUGGACAAAGAAGUGAUACAGCAACUUCAGCCGCAGCAGGAAACACUCGUUGUACCAACCACACCCAGGCGAGGUCGCCCGCCGAAGACGAGGCGACGUGGGGAGGAUAUGUCACCAGUGAAGGGGGAUCCACCCAAAGUAGCAGAGCCUGAAGACAUGGACAGCAAAGAAGCAGGUAGCAGUUCAGAAGUCAAGGCAGAGGGGUGGCGUUCACCCCGCACACAGAAAGUGCAGUCCAGUCAAGGGUCCCCUACAGCAGGGCCUGGGCAAAGCAAGAAAGGAAAAAUUGAGAAAAUGUCAGAGUGUGUUACUGUGCAGAUGGAGAAUGUAAGCGGGCAUGCCAUAGUGGCUCAGGAUUCUUCUACCAAAUCUAAAGAAGAAAGCACACAAGAAGAGGUUAUGAAAUCAAAAGAUGAUGAAGCCAAGCUCCAGUUUCCAGCACAGCGAGAGAAAGAGAAGGGCCAAGAAAUUAAAGAUCUUGUGGAUAGAAAAUCAAAUGAAGAAAACAAUAGUGAAAAGGGAGCAGACCCUUCAGUAAUUGAGAAACGGGCAAUGACAGAAAAAAGUGGGAAAGCAAAGGCAGCGAGGUUGACGCGGAACACUAAGCCACUGACAGAGGAUAAGUCACUGAGCCUUAAAAAUCUGGAGAUUCGGCUGAGUGUUGAUGAUGUAAAGGAUGUUCUGGGUUCUGGCGAAGGUGAACUUGACUCAUAUGAAACUUCUUCACAGAAGAUUAAAGUAGAUGGAAGUGUAAAGGAUGAACAAUUAAGUUUCCAAAAAGAGGUGGUAGAGCCCACCUCUCGUAUGGAAGAAGAAGUCUCUGACAACGAGUCCUCUGGUGAUCCAGCAUCCACUCGGCUGGCUCAGCAAAUUGAGUUGGAACAAGCUGUUGAACACAUUGCUAAGUUGACAGAAAAUCCUGUUCUCCGACCUUACAAAGACCCUCCUGCUCAGAUCCCUACCCUGCUAGCCCCAGUAAUAGAAGAGUCAGUGAGUGAAAUUGAAGGGGAAAAGCCAGCUAAUCCAGCAAGUGAAACUGAGCUGGCAGCUGCUAUUGACUCAAUUACUGCAGAAGACAUCUCAGCAGAUGCUGAUGGGUUCCCAGCUCCCACCACUUACACUGAAAUCAUUCCCACCCCAGAGCCACUGAUUAUACCCUCAGCAAGUGAAGGUAUGGAACCAGACUCUAAUUUAACAAUCAGUGACAUUGAUGCCGAUCCAGAACUGACACUGAUCCCAGAUAACAAAAUUGAGUCCACUUCCAGCAUUAAUUCAAGUCAGGCAUCUCCUAUAUCAGAAACACCCAGGAAAGGAGCUAAAAUUAAGCCCAAAGCCCAGAAGAAGUCCAGAUUCCGUAAAGGUAGUACCAGUAAAAAGGGAGAGUUGGCAGAGGAGAAUGUUUUAGAACCUGAAAACAUUCCUGAUAAGCUCCACGAGACAGUUCCUUAUGACACAGUGACUGAAAACUCGAAAGAAGAUAAUGCAUCAAAAGACGCUUCAGUUGUCACUGUGAGGACAUCCUGCAAGCAGGAGAUGGAGGAAGAAGUUCACACCCCCAAGAAACAGGCCUUUACAGAGCAGUCUGAACCUGUGGACUCUGUCUGCCACUCAGGCCUGUCUCGCUUAACGGUUCAGCAGCCCCAUGCUGAAGCAACGUUUUCUCCAACUCUAAAUCAGAUGAACCUUACAUCCUCACGUUCUGGUAAAGUAUCUGUCUCUCCAACAGACUGGCAUACAUCUAAGGAUUCUGGAGUACUGUCUGCUUCUGUGUCGCAAGUUACAGUGGCCCCACUUUCUGCUCCUAUAUCAAUAACUACCACUUCAGGGACUUCCUCAGGAAAUCCUCCUCUGCCCCCUGAUACCAAAGCCUCUGAUAUUGAUCCCAACUCUAGCACUCUGCGCAAGAUACUCAUGGAGUCCAAAUAUGCCCCUGCUUCUAGUGGCAAUGUGGCUCCCAGUUUGCUUGUUGCAACAACCCUGAGUGACCCGCGAAUGUCAGAAAACGAAACAUCUUCUGACCUGGCUCCUGCUAAACUGUCACUGUCUGAAGAAAAAACGUCCCCCGUCACAACCCAGGCAACCCUUCAUCAACUUCCGCCACCUGAGACACAGCAAGCAUUUGGUGAAAAGAUGCCUAAUUCAGUCAUAGCCUCAACAGGAACCUCUGUUAUUAGCCGCCUCCCCUUACCUGAGGAGACACCACGUAUUGCUUUGGGAAACCGUAAUGCUGGAAUGACGCUUCCUAAACCUAAGCAGCGGGCCAGCAUGAAUGAAGGUAAUCGCUACCAUGGAAUAGUUGUGGGUGACGAAGGCAGUAGUGGUGGACGUCCCAUGAUAGAGAGUGCAGCUUACAGCACAGGCCCCAGCCCUGGGUUAAGGGUCAACACCUCAGAGGGUGUGGUGGUACUGAGUUAUUCAGGUCAGAAGACUGAGGGACCCCAGCGAAUUAGUGCCAAAAUUAGCCAGAUCCCACCAGCCACUGCAGUUGAUAUUGAGUUUCAGCAGUCUGUGUCUAAAUCCCAGAUCAAGCAAGAACCAAUCACUCCUUCUCAGCCUUCGACACCCAAGGUCUCCCAAGCGCCAAUUGGAUAUGGGCACAGUGGGGGAGUCUUAACUGGACCGUCCUACAACGCACAGCCAGUCAUAUCCUCUAUCAAGCAGGAAAAUUCUGUCUUGGACAAGUCAGAGUCCCCAUAUCACUCUGGUUCUCUUUCAGGACCUAUGAAAAUAGUGCAACAGGCAACAAGCAAUCCCCAGGUUUUAGUUUACAAUCCAACUGUUGUGCAACAGCAUGCAAAGAAGAUUGCGGGAAAUGAAUGUGUGCCACUGAAAAUUGAUUCGAGUAAGCAAUUGCAGCCCUCAAGCAUGAGUCCUGGCAUGAGCCCGCACCAUGCCUCUCUUUCUGGCAACCAUGUCGGUUCUAGUCCGAGUACCCCAACUGAUAGAACACUACCACACCUUAGUGUGGUGAAACAGGAGCCUCAUUCUCCUCGCACAUCUGGACAUUCCCCUUCUCCUUUUACCAAAGUGUGUCAGCCCAGCAGUACCGCAUCCCCUAUUAGUAGUUCUCUAGUGCUGGGCUCCAGUAUGCCUACAAUGUCACAGUAUGCUUCUAGUGCACAUCACCAAGAGCAGUCUGUCAUUAUGCCCCCACACAGUGUCACCCAGACAGUUUCCUUGGGUCAUCUCUCUCAAGGUGAGGUUAGGAUGAACACCCCACCGCUCUCAUCAAUGGGCUAUGGGUUGCGCUCUGAAUCUAUGUCCUCACCUCGCCCUGGGCCACAGCAGCGAUCCAGCACACCCCAACCAGCCAACAUUCGUGACAUGGUGUUACAGUCACAUCCUGGACCUGCUGGGUCUAUUGCUAGUAGCGGUGGCUCUCUGGCUGGGGAUGAAGAAGUGAGACACUUACAUCAGGGGUUGCGGAGGCCAUCUGCACCGCAACUCCAGUCAGACAUGAUGGUGAUGCAGCAAGACUAUCGCGGGAUGCACCAUGGUGGCUUGCGACGGGAUCCGUAUGGCUUGCCACCACGUGAUGUGCGCAUUCUCAUGCACCACCAGCUAGGGGAACACUCCACCCCUGAGUUGCGUAGGUCCUGUACCCCUGAGUCCAGCUUAUCUUCCUCAUCCUCAAGCAUCUCAUCAGCAUCCUCUUCCAAGACGCCACCAGUAGGGAAGAACUUAUCUGUAAAGGACCCUCAGAAAGUGUUGGAAGGGAAGAUACCAUCAUCUCCUCACAGUGAGAGCAGAAUCAUGGGUGCUCAUCCUUCUGUGCCAGUUAUGAUGUCCCCUCAAGGGGUGCCACUAAUACCCCCGGGAUCUACAAGCUCCUACUCGGAUUACCCGGCGACGUAUCGUGAUGUCCGAGGCCUGCACUCCCAGUAUGCUGCUCAAUCCUCGCUGGGGAUUAGCCUUGAUCCACGAAGCAUCACACCGUCUCAGGAUGGGGACCCCAACCACCGCAGCAAGACACCUCUGGUGACAUCCUCUGUUACACCCGGGGGUGAACCCAAAACACUGGAAAGUUUGCACCUCCGUCACACUGCUUCUGCAGACCCUUCUAACCCCAAAUCUGGACAGAAAGGAGGGUCACAGUCCUUAUUGUCCAGCCCACUGCCUCCUUCCUCAGGCCACUCCCACAUACGCUCUGAAGGCAAGCUGGAGGCCUCCGGACACCGGCCUGUUGACACUGUGCAGCUUCUGACGAAAUACCCCAUUGUGUGGCAAGGUCUUCUGGCCCUGAAGAAUGACACUGCUGCUGUCCAGCUCCACUUCGUCUCUGGAAACAAUGUGUUGGCACACAGGUCGUUGCCCCCACCUGAAGGAGGUCCUCUGCUUCGCAUUGCACAAAGAAUGAGAUUGGAGGCAUCGCAACUUGAGGGCGUGGCACGCAGGAUGACAGUGGAGAGUGACUAUUGCCUCUUACUGGCAUUGCCAUGUGGACGUGACCAGGAAGAUGUCCUGAACCAGACCCACGCUCUCAAAGGAGGUUUCAUAACCUACCUGCAGGCCAAGCUGGCUGCUGGGAUCAUCAAUGUCCCCAACCCUGGAUCCAACCAGCCUGCAUACGUGCUACAAAUCUUCCCACCCUGUGAAUUCUCGGAAAGUCACCUGUCCCGGCUUGCCCCAGACCUUCUCAACAGCAUCUCCAGUAUAUCACCCCACCUCAUGAUUGUCAUUGCCUCUGUGUGAAACCCUGGCUCUUCAGCCGAUCUCUUGCUCAGCUGAAGCUCUCGAGUGGCUGCCCUGUGAACUUCAGCAGAGGCAAAAUGGAAAACAGCCCUAUCCGACACUUUCCUGUGACGCAUGAUAUCGGCUGUUUAUUCACACCCCGGAGCCUGCCAUGGGCUUUUUAAGAAAUCAUUUUUUUUUUCAUUCUUUUUAUCCACUAGGAGUGAUAUGUGACUUUAUUAGGGGUGGGGUUGUACAGAUGAAAGACUGAGCAGGGCAACAUUUUUAUUAUUUUAUUAUUUUAUUUUUUUUUUUUUACAUGAAACAUUUGUGGUCUUUUAAUUCGUAUACAACGCAUAUCAGAAAAAAAUGAUUGCACUUGGGGGGGGGGAUUUAAUUGCAGAUUUUUAAAAUGUUCUGUAUGACUUAAAGACUUCAGUUAGCCAGAAAACACCUUUAAAUAUUUCUUGGAGGAGACUCAUGCUAUUAACCCUUUGGAUUAUCUUCAGCUGCUUUUGAGUUAUUCUUUUGCACCCAUGUCCCACCAGAAGCACCAGUGUUCUGCUCUUGGUUCAAGUGGUUUCUGGAUGUUACUGCUUCCUCUUUUUACAAAAGGACUGCCUUUUAUUUUUUUUCCCUUGAGGAUCAAGGUAUUAGGACACCGUGUCGAACUCGGCAUAUUUUACAAAUGGCAUACUGAAUGAAUGACUUCACAAAAGAUGGCUUGCUAUGCCUGGCUACAGGAACACAGGGUGAGAUAUCAGCAAGGGCGUUGUCAGAAACUGAUAAACCUGUGCCAAAACUUUUCAGAAGGAAAAAGUAACUGAAUGGAACCUGAAACAUAAAAUAUUUUCAUAUGUGACUUUCAUUCAAAAGUGCUUCUCUUUCAACAUGGUGUUUUGUGUGGUUCUGUUAAUUUCCAUAUGUUUUCUGUGUUCUGCAUGUCCAUCCCUCUGGAAACAGUGAGUUGGGAGUAGCCCUUGUUCAGAAAUCAUGGAUGUCCAUUCUCCAGCUGCAUACUGUGUUGGCCAGUCCUGGUUUCUCCUUAUUUUAUAUAAUUGACCUUCUGCAAUCUGUGCAGGUAUGACAAAAGUGUGGGGAGUUAGGGUUUUUAAUGUGAAGAAAUCAUGGGACUCAGCUGAAAUUUGAGUGAAUGUAGAAAGUCUCCCCAGUGUGUCUCUCACUAUGUUGUACAGUUGUGUUUUUUUUAUUACGACACCCUAUCCCUGAUCAGAACUUAAAAGAAAAACGGACAAAUUACCAGUAAAGAUACAUGUACAGAAGCAUAAGACAAGCCUUGGUACACAGGUCUGUUGUUUUCAGGCUGAUAUGGUAACAUUGACAGCAUUUACAAUUUUAGUACGCAGAAUAUAAAAAGUGCACACGAAAAACAAGACUCAACUCCCCAAACAUUUUUCUUUGAAGCUGUCAUUCAUCAUGAUGUAUAAUUUUUUAAUGUGUUUGUUACUGUUCCUCUAUGAGGAAACUAAGAUGUGUGUAAAAUAAAUUCAUGUUGAUUUGCAUUUUCUUC